AUGGCAGAGACUCAACAUUUCAUUGUCAAGGCACUCGCAGAUCGUGCCCCGGGGCAGCAAUCAUGUCCUGAACAGAAAGCCAUGGGUCAGCUAGAAACCACGGUCAUUGCAAACGUCUUUCACAAAUUUGAGCGCCUACCCGUCGAAAUCAGGGUAUAUAUUUGGACAAUGGCCUUGCCGGCUGGGAGAAUAUGGGAAGUUUAUGACGACGCGGACGAUGAGGAACCUCGAUUCUAUAACCCUCGACCUCCACCACGCAUUCGCGGCGCGUGCCGGGAAGCCUGGCGAGUUACUGAGGUAACCGGAUGCUGGGCACUGGACUACAUGUGGUUCAACAAAUACCGCGACGUUUUCCUUGUGCCGGAUGAGCUCGAUUGUGGUUUCACGAAUAUCUCACUUGUCGAAGAGCUUUUUCCGAGCGUACCCACGAUUGCGGUUGACGGCCACCACCGACGCCAGGCGCAGGUGUGGCUGCCACCCAUGCUGCUGAUUCGUGACAGUGCUGACCCAUCACGCGACCCGACCACAGCCGAACUUCAUUCCGAUGCUGUGAGAUUCCAUGGAUUUCUGGAGCCUCCUGCCUCCUCACCUCCCAAGUUCCGUCUCAAAAGGAGCUCGAGCGACGAUGCCAUGAACCAUGCUGCCACAAGACACAAUGGCGACGCAAACGAUGCGCUCUCUUCCCCCCGGCGUGUUCUUCAUGGACAAUCCCAGGAAGGCCAAGAAUCGCCUGGCACAAAGGCGGCUGCGAGAGCACAAGAGAAAAGAGAAGCCAGCCGCCGCAUCGAGGAGCUUUCCGAUACAGAAUUCGAUGUUUGGACGACACCGUAUUCAUCACAUCGCCUUGCUUCCUCAGACCAUUUCCUCCAGCAGCCCGUGUAUGAGAUCCACCAGACCGGGGCAGAUGUCACCCCAGGCAUCACAUACGAUAUGGUUGACAAUGCACCCGCCCCGCUGAACGGCGUCGAAGCCAACCCCACAGAGCCCUACGAUUAUGCCUUUGAGACAGAGAUCCCGUCAUGGGAGGCACAGCUAUUUGAGGAACUCGUCGAGUCGGGCGUUCUCGACAAUGCCGCAGCCACAGCGACUACUCCAGCCACGUUAAACGCCACAACCUCCUCCCCGCCGCCCACCAGCGACCUUUGUGUAGCAACGAAUCCUGCCGAUGCAACUCAGCCCCCCGCCAGGACAAUCGCCAGGACAAAAACGAGACUCUCUCAAAGCCAAGAAGCUCUUCAGGCCUUCCGAGCCAAACUCCUGUCUAUCUGGACCGAACAUACAGGCUGCACAGUCUCCACGAAGCACGACAAGCCGCAACCCCUCCUGCAUGCCGCCGCUCGCCUGGGCAACUGCGAGAUGAUGCAGAUGCUGCUCGACCACGGCGCCGACAUCAACGCCCGUGACAUUGAAGGCCGCACGCCUUUGCUUGCCGCCGUGGAAGCCUACAAAGGAGACGCCAUCAUCUUCCUGCUCGAGGCUGGUGUCGAUGUCAACGCCCAUGACGAGCAGGGACGGACCGCCCUGUCGAUGGCUGUCGAAUUUGACUGUGAAAAAGCUGUCGACCUGUUUCUCCGUCACGGAGCUGACCCCAAUUUGGCGGGCUCAGACCUUCUGCGAUCGACGCAUUCUGGUUUCACGAAAGGACAGCGAGUCAUUGAGGAGUGA